UUUUCUACGACGAACAUAACCGAGAUAAGUUGGCCCUAAUGCGAACAUCUGGUCGAACUGACAGUCAGACGGCCGUUCUGUUUUGUAGUGGGUAGGGCAGAUUGUCGAAUUGUUCUAUUCCAUUGCGAUUUGAAUAUCAACCAAAUUUGAAAGAAAAUACUGGAAAAUGGCUAAGGCGAAUCCAGACUCAGAGACUCUCAAAGGCCUCCAAGACGAGAAAAUCGAUAUGCUCGUCGCUACCAGCGUACUGCAGCAACAGGCUUCCGAAAUCAGGGGUCAGCAGAUCAACUGGCAGUGUUACUUGCAAGGGCUAAUGAUUUCACAAGAGGAAUUCAACACCAUUGUCGCAUUCGAUACUACUGAUGCUGCAAAGAGGGAACGUGUUAUCAAAUCCAACCCAACUCAACUUGCUAAAACUUUUCUCAACAUUCUUGAACAUGUGUCAAAAGACAGUACAAUUCAGUAUGUCCUCGUCCUCAUUGACGAUAUGCUUCAGGAGGAUCUUAAGAAAGUGGAAAUAUUUCGAGAACACUCCGUCCGCAAAAAGGAACCUAUUUGUGGUCAAUUUCUAAAUUUGUUAAAUGGAUCCGAUGGUUUUAUCGUCAAUAUGACUGCAAGGAUUAUUGCUAAGAUUGCUUCUUACAAUACUGAAUUGAUAAGCAAAUCUGAUCUCAGCUUCUAUCUAACAUGGUUGAAAGAUCAGUUAAAAAUUCCUAACAACCAGUACAUGCAAUCAGUUGCACGAUGUCUUCAGACAAUGCUCAGAAUUGAUGAAUACAAGGCAGCUUUCAUUUCAGUCGAUGGGAUCACAACUUUACUCAGUGUCCUUAUUGGUCAUGUUAAUUUUCAAAUUCAGUAUCAGCUAAUUUUUUGCAUUUGGGUUUUGACAUUCAACCCAAAACUUGCUGAACGAAUGAAUAAGUUCAGCGUAAUUCCAAUCUUGUCAGAUAUCUUGAGUGAUUCUGUUAAGGAAAAAGUGACCAGGAUCAUCCUUGCAACCUUCAGGAACCUGAUUGAAAAACCUGAAGAUGCUUCAAUUUCAAAAGAACACUGUAUUGCUAUGGUACAGACCAAAGUUCUUAAACAGCUUAGCAUUCUGGAACAGAGGAAAUUUGACGAUGAAGACAUUGUCGAAGAUGUGCAAUUCCUGAAUGAAAAGCUUCAAGCAUCUGUUCAAGAUUUAAGCUCAUUUGAUGAGUACGCGACAGAAGUUAAAACGGGACGACUUGAAUGGAGUCCAGUGCAUAGGUCUGCCCAAUUCUGGAGGGAAAAUGCUGGGCGACUUAAUGAAAAGAAUUAUGAACUUCUUAGAAUAUUAAUUCAUUUGCUAGAAACAAGUAGGGACCCAUUGGUUCUUAGCGUCGCAUCUUACGACAUCGGUGAAUAUGUCCGACACUACCCGAGAGGAAAACAUGUGAUCGAAAACCUUGGAGGGAAGCAGCUUGUAAUGCAGUUACUUUCACAUGAAGAUCCCAACGUGAGAUACGAAGCCCUUUUGGCGGUCCAGAAGCUCAUGGUCCACAAUUGGGAGUAUCUUGGGCGCCAGCUGGAAAAAGAACAGACGGCAACAGCCGGCAAACCCACAUCAGGAGUGCUCACCGGGAAGGCAUAGAAAUUUGGAAAGUAUUGAUUUUUUUGGUUUUGGUGCUAGUUUAGAAAUGUUGCAUAUUUCAGUUUUCUUUUAAAACAUCUUAUCAAAACAUGUUACACCCAUAUUUUUUUUCAUUAUAAAAAUGUACAUUCCUUUAAAAAUUGCAUUUCUGUACAGCUUGUUACCAUUCUCUGAUGUUUGUUGUAUAGUGUAUCAUGUAAAUAGUGAAUUAUGUAUCUCAAAAUCCAAUUGUUAUGAUUGAUAUCAAUAAAAAAAUAAUGAUAUAUAGUUAA